AUGUUGAAUGACAAGCAACAAGCAACGAGUUACAUGCAUGCCACUCCUAAAGAAAACAUAUCUUCUAAUAUAAACCGUCGAAGAAGCGCGAGAGAAACUAGGUUUGGGUGCGCAAGGACGAUCGAGCAGCCAACCGCUACCCAAGAAAAGGCAAAGCAAGACGAUGGACUUUCAGACUUAAGUGACAUUUUGGGUGAUCUUAAAGGCAUGGCCAUUGAUAUGGGAUCCGAGCUCGACAAGCAAAACAAGGCUCUUGAUCAUCUUGAUGACGAUAUUGAUGAGCUUAACUCUCGUGUUAAAGGAGCUAAUCAACGGGCAUAUCACUUGCUUUCCAAAUAA